AUGGCUAUGGAGUCUGAGAUAUGUACGUUAUUCCAAAAUUUAACUGGGGAAUUAGUUGGUUUGUCCACUACAUUGAAACAUCAUGGAGUUUCCAGCCUCGUGGAACGUUUUUCCGGCGACCCUAAAAAUUAUUCCGAUUGGAUGAAAAGUAUUGAAAAGUAUGCUUUAUUAGCUGACAUACCAGAUGCUAAAAUCAAAUAUAUAGCUUACCAAUCAAGUUCGGGUACAGUAAGCGAUUUUUUGGCCAGGUUUUUACCUGAAAACCCCUAUAGUUCUUGGACCGAAGUAAAACGGGAAUUAGCGACGCGCUUUGAUACCAUAACUGAUGCACAACAUGCCCUUGUUGUAUUGCAAACUGCUAGGCAAAAGAGCGAGGAAAAUGUGCAAAUAUUUGCGGAAAGACUAUUGACGUUAGCUACUAAAGCUUAUUCUUCCACUGAAAUUGACCUUGUCCCUGUCCAAAGACAGCCUAUCACAGUAUUUCUCAACGGAUUAACUAAAGAUUACCUCAAACUCAAAUUAAUGAGAGAAAAUCCAGCUACUCUACAAGGUGCCGUUGUAAGUGCCAUGGGAGAACAAAAUAUUCGGUCACGCUUUGCUCUUAGAUCUGACGCAUUUCCUGUCGACAAUGCAUAUUCUCAUGAACCCAUGGAAGUUGAUCAUGUAAGACCCCAACGCAGAUGCUCUAAUUGUAAUCGUUUCGGCCAUAGGACAAAUGACUGUCGCUCAAAUCAGCGCCCAAGCGGCCAUGUAAAUGCCUUUUCUAAAAACGAUCGAAAUAACAGUCCCCCCGAAAGGUCUUAUCAACCCAACAACAGGAACUCCUCCUUUUCUCAUCCGAAUAGGUCAAUUGUAUGUUGGACUUGUAAUAAUACUGGACACAUCAGUCGCAACUGUUCCUUCAAGCCUCCCUCCCGUCAACAAUUUUCUCGCCCUACUUUUAAUCAAAGACGCCAUUCUCACUACCCUAAUCAGUACCCUAAUCAACAUUUAAACUAA